AUGUCCAAAAACCUCAUCCACCAAACCUGGUCCACAUGGCGCGACUGGAUCACUCCAGUAACGCAUACAUCUACAUUCCGCGAAACCGGCAAAAUCACACCAGAAGAGUUCGUUGCCGCCGGUGACUAUCUAGUCUUCAAAUUCCCCUCGUGGCAAUGGGCAGAUGCAUCGACGCCCGCUCAACGGGUGCCCUUUUUACCGCCUGGAAAACAAUAUUUGGUUACUCGUGGAGUGCCGUGUCAUCGUCGGCUGAAUGAUAAUUUUGCUGGUGAUUUGCAGGAGGAUGUGAUUAUCAAGGAUAUGCUUCGCGCAGGUGUGCCGGGUAGUAGCGGUGGUGACGGCGAUGAUGAUGGGUGGUUGCAGACGGGUGGCAAACGGGAGUAUGCUGAUACACAGGAAGCGAAGAGGAAGGAUGUGAGGACUGUUGAUGAAGCGGGAAAUGUUAGUGAGCAAGGGGAGGAUGAGGAUGAGAUUCCCGAUAUGGAGGAUGACGAUGACGAUGACGAGGCUAUUAUACGGGAUUCUUCCUCAGGCCAGUCGGGAACCACAGCUCCCCUACGAACAUAUAAUCUCUACAUCACAUAUGCCAACUACUACCGUACACCCCGACUCUAUCUAUCCGGCUACCUCUCCCCCUCCGAACCACUACCCCCACACCUGAUGAUGGAAGACAUCGUCGGCGACUACAAAGACAAGACAGUCACACUAGAAGACUUCCCCUGGUUCGACACCAACGUCCCCAUGGCCACUGUCCAUCCAUGCCAACACGCCUCCGUUAUGAAGAUCCUCCUGGACCGCGCAGACGCAGCCCUCAAGAUCCGCCGCCAGAAACUCAAAAAGGCCCGUUCCGCCGACGAGGCGUCAAACAUCAAACUCGAUAGUGGCCUCGAGGGAUUGGUCGACGACACCAAUAACCUAUCUCUUGCCGACAGGCAGCGCAAACUCCAGGAUGGAAGUUCUGCAAACAACAAUGCAAUGAUGGGCGAUGAAUGGGAAGUGUUGCAGCAUGACGGCAACCAGUCCGAAGAAGAUGAGUUUCAGGCUGCGAUCCGCGUGGACCAGUAUCUAGUUGUGUUUUUGAAGUUUAUUUCAAGUGUUACACCGGGUAUAGAACAUGAUUUUACGAUGGGCGUUUAG